UAUCGCGAUAUGCGAGAGCUUGUGUAAGUUUUGAGAGAUUUCGUUUGUUUCCUGGCAAGCCAAGAAAGCAAGAGGAUUUGUAUUGAGGAGGAUAACUCACGGUUUGUUAGUUGUAUGCUCUAUUCUAAUCAUACUUAGUUAUGGCGAGUAAAGCAGCCAAGAAGCCUUCGAUGGACGAUCAAAAGCGGAUUGUAUCUGAAUUUAACCAGUUACGCCAAAAGCAAAGGGAUAUGGCUGACAAAACAUCAGAAAUGGAGAUGGAGCUUCAGGAACAUCGACUGGUGAUUGAUACACUCAAGGAUAUGGAAGACACAAGGAAGUGUUUCAGAAUAGUCGGUGGAGUUCUUACUGAGAGAACCGUUGGAGACGUGCUUCCAGCACUUCGCAAGAACGAAGGCAACUUAGUUGACUUGAUCAAGAGUUUGAAAGGUCAGAUCGAAGAAAGAGGCAGGGAGUUAACCACUUUCCGUGAAAAGCACAAUAUCCAGUUCCAGGGUGCUGGAUCUGAGGAUAAUAGCAAAUCUAAAGAUGAUGAUGAGGAGAGUGCUGCCAAGCCGAGUGCCGGAGUCCUGGUAGCGUGAUGUUCUAGUGCUGAGUGAAUGGAUAUGAAUGGAUAUCGCAAGUGUAUCUACAGAGCUGCCCUAGCAUUCCUUGUCACUAGCUCCGUGCCACAUCAUCAUGGUCACAAGCAGAGAUAGUGACCUGAUGAGUGGCCGUCGUGUGUCUUGAUGCCCGGGAGAUAAUGAAGUGUGUGUUGGUGAGGAAGCUACGUUCUCUUCCCAGUGUUCUCCAGUAAACGGGUGCUGUUUUCACAUGUGAGUGCUGGAAUGUCAUUCAUGUUGCCCACAGCACAUGCUCCAUCUUCCUGUGUUCAGAGGAACUUGAUCAUGGAUGACUUGCUUGGAAUGACAUGUUUUGAAUCUCAGAAUGUAUGAGAUGCUUAUUUUCCAGUAGGUUUCAUGACAAGUGAAACGGUGCAAAUUUUGCAUUCCCUUUUUAAAUUUUGAGCAAGCCUCUUCAGUCUUCUGAAUUCUUCAUUUGGGUUGGAACUUUCAAAUGUCUUCAGAUCCUUGGA